UCAGCCGCUAAAAAGAAGAAAAAUCAUUUCAGAAGACGAAACCCGAGACUACGUUUUAAAUAUGAGGAGUUGAUCACCAGUGCCUGCUUUGUUCAGCGUAUCCCUACAGUAGACGUGUUGCCCCACUACACUAGAGCCAUGCCUGCAGACAUGUUUAUUUGUGGCUCUUGCCAUGCAAACUUCAGUGACAUCGAUAGUUUUGUACAACACAAGAAAGAGCCCUGCCAACCUGUCAACACAGACACAGAGAUUUUCACGGAGUCCACCAAUGGCAACACAGAGACUAUCAUACCCCUCGAUGUCGAGACACUGAACAAUGCUGUGAUGACCUGUACUGAACCAACGGAUGGUUCUGAACCUCAGACAGUGAUCAUCAUUCAGGGUAGCUCUGGGGAAUCGUCAGAUCUUUCCCAGACCAUCACCAUGCAGGGUACCUUCUCUACAGCAGAGGAUGGGCAGACCACCUUUAUCCCUGAUCCGUCAGCAACUACAACCACUGCACAAGACACUAUAGCUACAGUCACUCAGACUCCCACACCAGUUGGGAAGAAAAGAGGCCGACCAAAACUGAAAGGUUCAGCUCGUAAGCAGCCUGAAGAAAAACCUCCCUCGAAACCUUCCAAACCAGAUAUAGGUACUGAUGGUCGCUUCGUGUGCUCCAGCUGUAAACGGUCAUUUACCAAGGAGAGGUUCUUUAAUACACACAAAUGUAUGGGAACAACUGAUUAUGUGGACCUUACAAGGAAACAAGUGAUCGACCUAGAUCUAGAUGUAGACGAUAUUGAAGAAGACCUGGAGUCCAAGGAUGAUCAUGUGUAUCAUAUAGAGGAAGAUCAUCCAUCUGAUGUUGAAGAAGAUGAAAUUCUGGAUAACGAUUCUGACUUCAAGAUAAAUGAGCCACAGAAGAGUGCAAAUGAGGAAGGAUGGGACAAGGUGGAGAAUACAGAUGGGGUACAGGUGCUGGCUGAUCCAGAUGUUGACAAUACUCGUACGGAAAAACCUGCUGAUUUCAUCACAGACCUGCCAAUAUUUACAUCUGAGGAAGAAAAGCUAAAGUUUGAACAGCAGAUGAAUGUUGAUCUCAGUGGAGUAGACUCCAUGUUUAAACAACAUGCCAUAGCCCAGGAUCUGAACGAGAAAGCACCCAUGACAGCACGAAUGGUGACCACGUCCCUGUCACUGUUCUCCUGUUGUGUAUGUGAGAAGAUCUUUAAGACUUUAUCACACAUGAGGCUACACUGUCUGAUACACACUGACCUGAAACCUUUCAAGUGUCCGAAGUGUCGAUAUGCUUCCAAUUCUAAAGGUAACUUGUACACACACAUGAGGAAGCACACAGGCCAAUACUACAAGUGUAGUGAAUGUUCUUUUAAAUCUGUCAACAAAAGUCAUUUGCUGGAGCAUGUAGCCACACACAACAAAGCUAAAGAAAAGUGUGAUAUUUGUAAAAAGACGUACAAGACAUUAAAAUCUAUGAUUAACCACAUCAGAAAGUACCAUAGCAGUACUGAACGAGGUCGUGAAUAUCUAGCAACAUUCCUUCAGAACCCUACAAAGGGCUCAACUGUCAUCCACCAGUGUCAUGUCUGUAAUCGGAAAUUUAAAAAGAAGGUUGAUCGUGAUCGCCAUCUAUUUGUACAUGACAUCAAAGAUAUUCCCAGCAUACAACACUGUGAAUUGUGUGACUACACUGCCAGUCGUAAGGUAUACUUGGACAAGCACUACCAGAAACAUCGUGUCAUCUAUAGAUGUGUCAAAUGUCACAGUAAGUUCCUCAGCACAAUACGUCUGAUUGACCAUCUGACCAGUGUCCAUCUCAAGGUUGACCUGACCAAUAAGUGGGAGGAGCUGUUUGAGCAGUGUAUCAACUACAGCCUGUAUCUCCCAGAACCAGAUGAACUGUUUGAGAUGAAGGAGUUCAUCAACCUACCUCCUGAACUUUCUAGCUCUGUAAUGAAAAAUGAAGCCAAGCUAAAUACAGAGCUUGGUGUGAUGUGUUCAGACAAGUCUUCAGAUGCUGGUGAUGUGAACAGUGGCUCUGGUGAUGUGAACAGUGGUUCUGGUGAUGUGACAGGGGAUCUGAUGUGUACCAAUAAGUCUUUAGACACUGUUGAUGUACACGGAGGCUCUGGAGACGUGAGAGAGGACCUUGUGUCUGUAGCGUUACAAACCUCACAGGGACAGGUCAGGGAAACUGACAGUGCAGCCCAGGUUGAGAGCUCUGUGUCUGGACAGGAGUCUCUUCUUGUUGAAGCCAAAGCCUUGGAUAACAAUGAUAAAGAGAGCUUACAAGACACCAGUAAAAAUGUUGAUAACCCAGAUAUUAAUGAUAAGGAAGUCACUACAUCCGCAGAGGCCAUGGAGACAGAGACCAGUGGAGGUGUCACAGAGACAAACAACAGUGACACUGUAGAGGAGGUUGGACUGGCAGAGGGAGGUCUAGGGGAGGGAUCUGAUGAUCUGGAUGACAAUCAGCUGGAGGAACUGGGUGAUAUAGACGGAACAGGAGAAUCAGGAGGCAAGGGAGCAAGUAAAGACCUUAUACAACGUAUGGGUUACCACAUGAUGACUAUGGACAUUUUCCACAAAAUGAGGGAGACAUUUGGUACAGAGGAGUGUGAAUACUGUGGUAAAUUGUACUACAACAAGGUCGACUUUGAUACUCAUCUCCGAACACACACAGGAGACAAGCCAUUCCCGUGUAAUAUCUGUGGUUACCGGGGUCUUACCAAGGAGAAUCUGAGCCGUCACAAGGAGAAGGAACAUGAGAAACUGACCUUCCCCUGUAAGGACUGUAACAAUGAGUUUGUGGCUAACAGUCGCUCACAGCUGUGGAACCAUACCAUGAAGCACCGAGGUCUGCAUGAAGCCAUGGGUAUAGAGUGCCCCACUUGCAAAUCCAAGUUUGAGAAUAUGAAGAAAUUGAAGGCCCACUUCAGUAAUGAUCACCCAGAUUUAAACCUAGAGGAACAGCUAAAAGUCACUGGCUACAAGGAGUUCAAACACCGCACACAAGGGAAAAUGGGUCGGAGGUCUUACAAGUGUCCAUACUGUGAUAAAGUGUUUAUACGAGCCAACUCUGAGCUGCAGAAACACAUCUGGAUUCACGAGGGCAUUAAGCCAUACAAAUGUCCAUUAUGUACAUAUGCUUGCCGUAGUAAAAACAAUCUCCAGGCCCACAUGCUGCGUCACACAGAAGAGAAACCGUACUCCUGCUCAGAAUGUGGAAAAGCUUACAAGUCCCAGACAGCACUACGCUGGCAUGUUAGAUCUCACAAGGAUGGAAAGCUCUUUAAGUGUACCAGGUGUCCAUAUGAGGCCACUCAGAGGAGUCAUCUCAAGCGCCACCUACAGACCCAUGAUGUGGUGAAGCGGUUCAUGUGCAUGCAUUGCGAGUUCUCUGCUAACACCAUUGGGUAUAUGAAGAUCCAUUAUACAAGGCAUCAUAAGGGGGAAACUUUUGAGUACCCCAAUACCAGUGGAGUAGAAGUAGACAAGCGUGUUGUAAUGGUGGACUCACAGGCAUAUCGCUGUCUCAGCUGUGACUAUCUGUUUGGUAAUAUGAGCGAUCUCAAACGUCACCUUAAGAUCAGACAUCACCUACAGGUGCAGCAGAUCCAGGGUCUGGAUCAAGUCCCUGUCAGCGAAGUCCAGGUCCUUCAAUGUACAGAUGAUGCUCUGGCAUCAACCAUUGUGGAGCAGAUCGCGGAAGGGGAGACAACUGCAGAUGUCGUUGAACCUAGUCAGACAAUGGAAACGAAUGACUUGGAUGAGAAGACACAAUCAGCUGUGAGCAUAUUACAACAGAUUAUUGACAUGUCCCAACAGGGAGGCCAGCCAUUUACUGUCCAGGGAGAAGAUGGUCAGAUGGUGUCUGUAAAUCCAGAGACCAUCAUCGUCCAACAGGAGGGUGAAGAGGUGUUGUUGACUGAGGGUGGAUCAGGACUAGAGGGGAACCAGCAGUAUGUUAUCCAGUAUGUGACCCCGGAGGAAGCAGAGUUUGAUCAACUGGACCAAGCUUCGUUAGUAGAGGUGCAGACUGUUCCUGAAGAGGUAGAGACCAUACAGACUAGCAUUGUCAUGGAGGAGGCCAGUGUGUCCAUGGAAACAGAUUAACUUGUUUGAAGUCUGUAAACGGUGCUGUGUUAUAAACGAGCCAAAUGGACAACAGACAGUAUAUGUAGCUUUAUUUGUGAUCAGAGGAAUGUUUUAAAAGGAGAGACCUACAUCUGUGUGCUGUUAUAGGUCGCUAAACAAAGUAAAUAUGUGUUGGAGAUGAAUGCUUCAGAGGAGUGUUUGUGUAAUACAGAGGACUAGGGAGUAUUAAUGCCUCUCAUAUUACUCUGACAAUUGUCAAAUGUUAUUUCACAAUAUCUUUUUAAAAUGUUCAGUUGUUUUUAAUCUUAUUGCUAAAAAAUUGUUUUUUUGAGGAUCAGCAUAAGAUGUUGAAAAAUUAAA